UGAACGCGACGCACAGAUAAACAGACGCGCAACGUGCAAUAAACUGAAGGCCUGGUAUUAAGAGAUAGUCUGUGUUUCGAAAUAUUUCUUAACGUCGCAUUUUAAAAAGGGCAAAAUACUUUUGCCCGCAUGUUUUGUACGCCUGUAAACUAAGGUCUAAGAACAUUCAGGCGUCCAUUAACAGGAUGGUGUCCUACAAGAGGCUGAAUCCUGAAGAUGUUCAAUUUUCCACUGCGGUUUUGUCAGAGCCUCGCUGUCUUCAAGAUAUUCCAGUGUCGGAGCCAGAGGAGUCCUCUUUGCUCCCACGUAGGCCACCAUGCUCCAUCACCACAGGUCUCCUGGUAAUUGGUUGCCUACUGCUGCUCCUUUGUGGAGGCUGGCUACUGGGUACCUUGUUCUGGCUGCACGGUCCCUCCAAGCUGCAACCUCACAAACCACCCCCACCAUCCCCAGGACAAAUAGAAUUAACUGACACUGGAACUGCUUCCCGCGGUGAAGCUUGCAGUUUAAUCCCAGAGGCAUCUAGGUUUGAUUGCUACCCUGAAACGGGGGUUGUUGUGACCCGAGAGCUGUGUGAGGCCAGGAACUGCUGCUUUAUCCCUGCAUCCACCGCCUCCCCCGCUGCCACCAGAUCAUCAAGGAAAAAUGGCAUCCCCUGGUGCUUCUAUCCGCUAGAUUUUCCGUCCUACUCACUGAUGUCACUGAAUGAAACCUUGCUGGGGCAGAAGGGUACACUUGUAAAGGAGGUGAAGACUUACUACCCUGGGGACAUCCUCACUUUAGAGGUGGAAACACGACACGAGACGGACACGCGCAUGCGUGUCAGGAUAACUGAUCCUUCAAGUUCACGGUUUGAGGUUCCGAUCUCUGUGCCCAACGCCACCAAGAAGGCAGAAAAUCCCGAGUAUGUUGUUGAGCUUUCAGAGAAGCCGUUUGGUCUCAUUGUGAAGAGAAGAUCUUCUGGGGCGGUGAUCUUGAACACCACAGUGGCUCCUCUCUUCUAUGCAGAUCAGUUCCUCCAGUUUUCCACUUCUCUACCUUCUCAAUAUGUUUUUGGCCUGGGGGAGCACCGCUCCACUUUCCUGCACGAUAUUCAAUGGAACACACUCACAAUGUGGGCCAGAGACGUGCCCCCCACGGUAAUCGAAGCUUUCAUCGAGCAGACCAAUCUGUAUGGGGCCCAUCCAUUCUACCUGGUGAUGGAGGAUGAAGGGAAUGCACAUGGUAUCUUCCUGCUCAACAGUAAUGCAAUGGAUGUGGUCCUCCAACCUGCCCCAGCUCUAACGUGGCGUACUAUCGGUGGAAUCCUUGACUUCUAUGUGUUCCUCGGUCCUGAUCCUGCUUCAGUAAUUGAACAGUAUGUGCAGGUUAUAGGGUACCCAGCCAUGCCCAUCUACUGGGCUUUAGGAUACCAUCUAUGUCGGUGGGGUUACAAGACUAGUAACUCUACAUGGGAGGUUGUCAAGAGCAUGAGAAAUAAUGGAAUACCUCAGGACGUCCAGUGGAAUGACAUCGACUACAUGGAUCAUUCUAUGGAUUUCACUUUUGACCCGACGCAGUUUGACACAUUGCCUGACCUCGUCAAAGACCUGCAUGCUCAUAACCAGACCUAUGUCAUGAUCCUGGAUCCAGGUAUCAGCAGCACACAGCCUGAAGGCUCAUACUGGCCCUUUGAUGAGGGAUUAAAGAGAGGAGUUUUUAUUAAAGACGCUGAGGGGAAAACUCUUGUUGGCAAGGUGUGGCCUGGUCUGACCGCAUAUCCUGACUUCUCUGAUGAGGUGACACAUGAAUGGUGGUACGACAACCUACAGAGGUUCCAUGAGAAGGUGCCGUUUGAUGGAUUAUGGAUUGACAUGAAUGAGCCUUCUAACUUCUUGGAUGGAUCAACCAAUGGCUGCCCAUCCAAUAGUCUUGAAAAUCCACCUUAUACUCCAGGUGUGCUGGGAGGUUUGCUUAGAGCCAAAACCGUGUGUGCCACUGCCCAGCAGAAACAGUCCAUACAUUACAACAUGCAUAGCCUCUAUGGACUUAUGGAAGCUAAAGCCUCUGCAAGCGCUCUGAAACGCAUUUUGGGAAAAAGACCUUUUGUGAUCUCUCGCUCCACCUUCCCCAGUCAGGGGCUGUACUCGGGUCACUGGCUGGGAGACAACAGGAGCCAGUGGAAAGAUCUUUAUACAUCUAUUGCAGGUAUUUUGACCUUUAACCUUCUGGGUAUCCCACUGGUGGGAGCGGAUAUCUGUGGCUUCAGUGAAGAACCACAGGAGGAGCUGUGUAUCCGAUGGACCCAGCUAGGAGCUUUCUAUCCCUUCACACGGAACCACAAUGCCAUCGACAUGCAGCCUCAGGAUCCCACAGCCUUCAGCCCGCUGGCCCGGAUAGCCAUGAAGCAGGCCCUACUUCUGCGCUACUCUCUCUUUCCUUUCCUUUACACUCUCUUUCAUCAUGCGCAUGUCCACGGACACACCGUUGCUCGGCCAAUAAUGUUUGAGUUCCCAAAGGAUGUAAAGACUUAUGGGAUUGACAAACAGUUCCUUUGGGGAAGAAGUUUAUUAGUGACGCCUGUUUUGGAGCCUGGAGUCGACUAUGUGGAUGGUUACUUCCCUGAGGGUCUGUGGUAUGACUACUAUAUGGGUGACUCUGUUCGCAGCAAAGGUGAGGAGCUCAAACUCCAUGCACCACUGGAUAAGAUUAACCUGCAUCUGCGUGAGGGCUCCAUCGUCCCAACACAGUCAAAUCUGUUUGACACUUCCAUGUCUCACAAGACACCCAACCUGACCCUGUGGAUAAGCAGUGGUCAGCCCCUUCAUCUGGUCUCGGCUCUCUCCGACGAAGGCUCGGCCACCGGCGAUCUGUUCUGGGACGACGGAGAGACCAUCGACGCCUACGAGAACGACCAGUACACCUACGUCCUCUUCAGCGUCGCCCAGAGCGUGAUGACCUCUCAGGUGCUCCACAGCGACGAGGAGGGCUCAUUUAUCACUGUGGACUCAGCCACCUUCUACGGUGUCAAAGACAAGCCCAGCAGAGUUAUUGUGAACUCCAAAGACGCACCUUUCACCUACAGAGCCAACAAGGUGUUGACUGUAGCGGAUCUGGGCCUCAACCUCAUCCAGAACUUCACCAUCAGCUGGAUGUGAUGAUUUGGUUGCCGUGUUUUGCUGCUGUCGCACACAUACGCUGACUUACUGUUUGAGCAUACUGACGUCUUUCAGUGUUUUGGUUCUGUACUCCAGAACACUGAAUCACAGAGGAAUGUCAGGGAAUCAAGCUCUAUCAGGGCUGGUUUAGAGCAUCUUGGAGUGUAUCACUUUUUUUUUCAGCUGAACUUGCCUGCUCUGGGUCGAGUGAGUAAACCACAGUAGGUCAAGACGUCCCAAACGUGGCAAUUUCAGCGAUUCAUUUCAAAGCUACAGCUGAAAUGCAGACUAGAUCUAUUAUCCUCAGGUGAAAGCUCACAGUCUUUAUUUUGUUCGAUUAGAACGCAGAGCCGAAAUAUUCAGUCAGAAGUGAAGUGAAGUGAAGACACUUGACAGUAAGUUAGGCAAAGUGAUUGCGCAUGUACAUGUCAUCCGCGACAGGCUUUGCUCAAAUCAAAAAGACAAAAGAAUCUUUGUGUGACCCUCCGAGGCUCGCAGACAUGCAUCACUGAUCAACAGUAGUUAGAACGCUGCAUUAGUCAGUUAUGGAGUCUCAUUAUGGAGGCAUCUGACUUGGCCUUUUUAGUUUUAUAGCUGCUGCUUCUUUCUUUUCUUUUUUUUUUUUUAACUUCUCAUCAGCAGGAAGGUAAUGUGCAAUAAAAAGCAGGAGGAUUGUCUGCUCCACUGAAAAUGUGACAAUUUUUAAUAUAGAUGACGAUGUAAAACUAUGCGAUGCCGUUGCUGACACACUGUUUUGCCUCGUGGUCGUUGCAGCGUAGGAAAAGCAGGCAGAGGUGCCUUAUGUUUGUUUUAUGGCUAAUCUUUUU